GUCGAAGCGAAGCGAACCGCCCCUCGCCUGUUUCAGGUGAAGCUGGUGUUGCCUGGAAUACAGCCAUCAAGGCAGUAAUUGCACGGCCACUUGCUCUUGCCUCGCCACGCCAGUUGUUCCAGCCAGGGGUCAGAGCGACGGUCAGCGCCUUCCCUCUCGCGACUUGAGGGAGCCCCUCAUUGUCAAGAGCAAAUGCCCCGCCAUCCCCAUCCCGGCCUACCUUCCCCCCCACAUCUCAGCAGCAGCUGAGCUCUAUUAACCGACCUUGACUCUCCAUCACUCAUCCAACUCAAGCAUCAAACGUCGACUUGCCAACGUCUUCUGUACUACCAUUUGCAUCAUCAGCGACUGCCCUGUACGAACAGCCUCGAUUCAUUCACGACCACACACGGACAUAACAUACAAAUACCCCGCAUCACGCAAGCACGUUCAGAUCCCCCACCAACAUCACAAGAAUCUUGACCAUGGAGCGCGCCAGGAAACCAACAGCCCUCGCCACGACUCCAGGCCUCCCGCCGCAGCCCCAGGUGACUCUCACCGACUCCAACGCGCGCCUGACGGCCACCCUCCCCACGGGCGAGUCCAUCGACAUCCUCCUGCACGGCGCCACCAUCCUCUCCUGGAAGGACGCCGCGGGCCGCGAGAACUUUUGGCUCAGCGACGCCGCCAAGCUCGAUGGGUCAGGCGCCGCGCGGGGCGGCAUCCCCAUCGUCUUCCCCGUCUUCGGCACGAGCGACGGCCACGGCGCCGAGAAGCUGCCGCAGCACGGGUUCGCGCGCAACUCGCGGUGGGAGUUUCUCGGCAAGAGCACGAGCGAGGCCGCCAAGGAGGGCGUCAAGCUCGACUUUGGUCUCUCGUCGCAGAACCUGAGCGACGACGUCCGCGCCCAGUGGCCGUACACCUUUGGCCUGCUGUACAGCGUCACCCUCGACCGCGGCAGCCUCAACACGACCCUCGUCGUCACCAACGACGGCGACGUCCCCUUUGAGUUCCAGACCCUCCUGCACAACUACUUUCGCGUCGACGACAUUGAAAAGGUCACGGUCAAGGGCUUCGAGGACGCGCCCUACGUCGACAAGGCCGACCAGUUCAAGACCAAGACCCAGGCGGGCGCCGUCACUUUCGCCGGCGAGACGGACAGCGUGUACACCCCGGCCCAGGGACCGGGCCACCCGCUGGUGAUCGAGGAGGACGGCAAGCCCCGCUUCCGGAUCGUGCGCGACAACCUCGAGGACGCCGUCGUCUUCAACCCCUGGGUGGACAAGGCGAGGAGCAUGGGCGACUUUGAACCCAAGGACGGCUGGAAGAAAAUGCUGUGCGUCGAGCCCGGGAGCGUGAGCAAGUGGCAGACGUUGGAGAAGGGCGAUGCCUUUGAGGCCGCCCAGACCAUCUACCUGGUGUAGAAAGGGAAGGACGGGAUCAUGCACGCAUGUAAUGAAGAGGCAAAGGCAGUCACAGGUAGAUCUUGGGUAGC